AGCCGCUGUAACGCCUGUGUAGCUGUAGCAAGAUGCCGCUCUACUGGGGCCCAGCAGCUGAAGGGUUGAGGUCGGAGCUUCACGGAGCGGAGCCUCAGGCAGUUCCUUGGCAAGAUGACCCGAUCUUACGACCACAAAGAAUGAUCUCGAGACGCCUGCGAUGCCAAGCCUGUGUGUCUGUUCUUUGUGCAUUUCUCUGUAUCUCAAUAUCUGAUUAAUGGGCAAUGGUGGACAGCCCCCCGGUGGUCCCAAAGUAGUGGAAAGUACCUUGAGCCUCUCUCAUAUACAGGAAAGUAUGACGAAUUCGGUAAUAGGUGAGUGAAUUAUAAAGGAAAAAGGCUAUUAUGACAUUCACUCCCUUUUAUGGAAAGAUUAGCUAGAAGCAGAAAGCCUUGGUGUCUUUAUAAUAGGAAAGAGAAACAGAAGAUAUUAGAUAAUAUGAAGCCUGCUUUAAUAUAUUGGCAUAAAUUAAGGUGUGAACAUGAUACAUACCUUCAUCAGAGACCUCCAACUUUAGAAGAAUAUAUUAAGAAAUUUCUUGAGGGAGAAUAUAGUUUAGCUCCUUGAUAACAAGAGGAAAUUGGUACCUAUCUCUGCUAUGUGAGAGACAAAAUUCUGAGAACAGGAAGUUCAUGACCAACCACAGGAACCACAGUCCCUGUCCUGAUAUGAGAUCAUUGUAUACCCAGAUAGAAAUAGUUAUUCUGCAGAUUUAUUGCUGAUUCUUAGAAAUUGUAAAAUUAGCCUUUGUGUACUGUCUGAUGCCAAGUUCCUUGUCUGUAAUACUAUAUAACAAAGAAUCAUGCAUGCUAAGUAAAAUUGCAACAGUUCACUAAGCAACUUGGUGUCUGUCUGUCAUUCCUGCGCCGUAUCCUGACUUCUCCUGAUACCUUCACCCCUGAGCUCCCGCAGUCUGACGUUCUCCCCCGAGCGGUCUGUGGCAGCUGGCGCCUGAACAGGGACUUGAAGGACAGGAUGCCGACUCCCCCAUCUAGAUCCCAGACCGGCUCAUUCGACCCGCUAGAGAACAAAAAGAGACAAAAGCGGCGGCGUUAGAGGAAACAGCAGAAGCGGCUCGUCAUUCAGAUGAAGAAAAUGAAAAUAGACCGCGGAAAGAAGCCGACGUGGACGCAGAUUCGUCAUUUGACUCAUAAAGCUAAAGAACUUUUACUAACUACGGGAAAACCCCUAACCCCUACAUGUUAUUUCUUGGCCUUUCUGUCUAUUCUUUCCGCUGCCCCAGAAACCGUACAAGGAAUUUCCUAUUGGGCGUAUGUUCCUAAUCCACCUAUUAUUCAGCCUGUGGGCUGGCUUGACAGAGAACCCAUUAAGGUGUUAACAAAUGAUUCACUUAUAGUAGGCGGUGCACAAGGCUCUGACACAUGGCCUAUAACCUCCUCUUAUAUAACCUUUGAAGGUAGGGCUGAUUCUUUACCGAUCUGCCUGACGCUACAAGGGAAAGCAUCUCGCGGCUGCUUCACCAGUGGGUAUAGGACUUUCUUGACUGACUCUCCUGACAGAGAAAAGGAAGGUAAAAGAUAGAUGUGAGAACUUCAGUUACAAACCUUGGGUGAUCCUUUAUACAAAGAGAAAUUCCUUGAUCGUAGUUUUAGUCCUAUAGAACAAUACAUUCAAAAAUAUAGAGACAAAGAUCAAUAUUGAGAUUCUUCUUUGACUAAAACUCCUACUUGGUUACAAUGUGCUUUUCCACAUACCGCUACGUGGUAUACUCCUAAUAAUAUGUCAGAUACAAGAUUAAAAAUCUGAGACUAUUCUAAUUCUAAUAAGGGGUCAGUCUAUGAGAAUUAUCUUAAACAGAAUAAAGAAAAAUUUCACAAUUAUACAUUCAAUGGUGAAGGAGAGCCCCUUAAGAGAUGGUUCUCACCAGGAUAUGUGGAGCCAAUUUGGUUUAUAGAACAAGGAAAUGAAACCAAGAGACAGCCAGACCUGUUCAGACUAGUGGCAGCAGCUAACAUGGUGCUUGAAAAGAAGCCAACAGAUGCCAAAUAUAAUGCCUUGGGAAUUAAGGCUUGUGUUUCUUAUCCAUAUGCUAUGCUUUUAGCUCAACAAGCUUUUGUUAAUAUUUCGCAAGAAAGUGGAAAUUCAUUCAAAAUCUAUUGUCAUUCAUGUAAGCUUACCAAUUGUAUUUCUUCUUCUGAAUCUAAGGAGCUCGGCACAAUUAUUAUAGUCAGGCGUCCAUCUUAUGUUAUGUUGCCUGUAGAGUUAGGAAGUGAAUCUUGGUAUGAUAAUGCUGCAUUACAGGUAUUAGAAGAUCUAAAAGCUUUAAUUAGGCCAAAAAGGUUUGUUGCUGCACUUAUUUUGGGAAUUACUGCAUUAAUAGCAAUUUUGACCACUUUUGCUGUGGCCACGAUUGCCUUAGUAGAAGAGAUUAAUACAGCUCAUUUUGUUAAUGACUUGAAUAAGAAUGUUUCUUUAGCUCUUUUAGAACAGGAAGCUAUAGAUAAAAAAUUAGAGGCAAAGAUAAAUGCUCUAGAGGAAGUGGUUCUUGCACUUGGUCAGGAUAUGGCUAAUUUGAAAAACACUCUCGCAGUUCGUUGCCAUGGGAACUUUAAGUCUAUUUGUGUAACUCCAUUGGUCUAUAACACUUCAGAACCUUGGGGGAAAGUGAAGGCUCAUUUGCAGGGAGUAUGGCAGAAUAGCGAUAUCACACAUGAUAUACAGUCUUUACAAAAGGACAUUUCAGCCAUGAGUCAAUCUCAUUUACAGUUGGGCAACUUACAAGAGCUGGUUACUGACUUGGAACAAGGAUUGAAGACUAUGAAUCCUUUGGACUGGGUUCAGGACUUCAUUCUCAUAGGAGUACUUGGGCUUAUUCUCAUUUUAGUCAUUUUCUUAUUCCCUUCACUCUUUAAAUGUUUGUUCAACUCUCUUAAGGCUGUGCAGCAGGACGUUUUUGAGCUUCAUUUUAAAAACAAAAAAGGAGGAACUGCUACGCCCACAGCCGCUGUAACGCCUGUGUAGCUGUAGCAAGAUGCUGCUCUACUGGGGCCCGGCGGCUGAAGGGUUGAGGUCAGAGCUUCACGGAGCGGAGCCUCAGGCAGUUCCUUGGCAAGAUGACCCGAUCUUACGAUCACAAAGAAUGAUCUCGAGACGCCUGCGAUGCCGAGCCUGUGUGUCUGUUCUUUGUGCAUUUCUCUGUAUCUCAAUAUCUGAUUAAUGGGCAAUGGUGGACAGCCCCCCGGUGGUCCCGAAGUAGUGGAAAGUACCUUGAGCCUCUCCCAUAUACAGGAAAGUAUGACGAAUUCGGUAAUAGGUGGGUGAAUUAUAAAGGAAAAAGGCUAUUAUGACAUUCACUCCCUUUUAUGGAAAGAUUAGCUAGAAGCAGAAAGCCUUGGUGUCUUUAUAAUAGGAAAGAGAAACAGAAGAUAUUAGAUAAUAUGAAGCCUGCUUUAAUAUAUUGGCAUAAAUUAAGGUGUGAACAUGAUAGAUACCUUCAUCAGAGACCUCCAGCUUUAGAAGAAUAUAUUAAGAAAUUUCUUGAGGGAGAAUAUAGUUUAGCUCCUUGAUAACAAGAGGAAAUUGGUACCUAUCUCUGCUAUGUGAGAGACAAAAUUCUGAGAACAGGAAGUUCAUGACCAACCGCAGGAACCACAGUCCCUGUUCUGAUAUGAGAUCAUUGUAUACCCAGAUAGAAAUAGUUAUUCUGCAGAUUUAUUGCUGAUUCUUAGAAAUUGUAAACUUAGCCUUUGUGUACUGUCUGAUGCCAAGUUCCUUGUCUGUAAUACUAUAUAACAAAAAAUCAUGCUAAGUAAAAUUGCAGCAGUUCA